CCGGGCGCCGGGGACCACGUGGGAGAGGUACUCUGGGAACCCGGAGAUGUAGUCUGUCCGCUGACCUAAGGCUGCGGGCGUGGCUCUCUCCAGGACACGGUCUCAGGGGCACGGUCUCGGCUGAGCGCCUCUGGUAACAGAGGUGGAGACGGCUACGGCGGGGACCCUGUGGGGACUUUCCUGGCCUGCGCCUCGAAUAGCCAGGACGACCAGCUGGGGGCGCCCCGGCUCUCGCGGCCGCGGGCGGGCACUGCAGCGCGCCCGGGUGCUCGGCGGCGGCGGCGGCGGCGGCAGAUCUGAGGACCUGGAAGGCCUUAUCAGCUCAGCCUAGACAUCCUGAAGACACCAGUGGCUGGAGCAGGUGCCACAUGCCCAUGGAGACACAGGCCCUAGGUGCCUCUGUCGAGUCCUGCCCGCUAGUCGUGGAGAGCCCAGAGGCCUAGGUCACACACACAAGUGUGAGUGGACAGAUGUGGGGCUCCUGAGCAGGCUUUGGGGAAGAGGAUGCCAGCCAAGGGCCGCUACUUCCUAAAUGAGGGGGACGAAGGCCCCAACCAGGCAGCACUCUAUGAGAAGUACCGUCUCACCAGCCAGCAUGGGCCACUGCUGCUGCUGCUCCUCCUCGUGGCUGGGGCUGCCUGCAUCGCACUCAUCAGCAUCACCUUCAGCCAGGAGGAGCCCCGCAGACACCAGGCUGUCCUAGGCACUGCGUUCUUCAUGCUGACGGUGUUUGUGGCUCUCUAUGUGCUGGUGUACGUUGAAUGCCUGGUGCACCGAUGGCUGCAGGCCUUGGCUCUACUCACCUGGGGCUGCCUCAUGAUGCUAGGCUCCAUGCUGGUGUGGGACUCCUGGAAGAAUGAAGCCUGUGCAUGGGAGCAGGUGCCCUUCUUCCUGUUCAUCGUCUUUGUUGUGUACGUGCUGUUGCCCCUCAGCAUGCGGGCAGCCAUCGCAGUGGGCAUGGUCUCCACUGUGUCCCACCUCCUGGUGUUUGGAGCUGUGACAGGAGCCUUCAAGAUGACCAUGUCUGGCACACAGCUGGGGCUGCAGCUCCUGGCCAAUGCCGUUAUCCUCCUGGGUGGGAACUUCACGGGUGCCUUCCACAAGUACCAGCUGCAGGAUGCUUCACGGGACCUCUUCAUCUACACCGUCAAGUGCAUCCAGAUCCGCCGGAAGCUGCGUGUGGAGAAGCGCCAGCAGGAGAACCUGCUGCUCUCGGUGCUCCCCGCUCACAUCUCCAUGGGCAUGAAGCUGGCUAUCAUCGAACGCCUCAAAGAGGGCAGUGACCGCCGCUACAUGCCUGACAACAACUUCCACAGCCUCCACGUCAAGCGGCACCAGAACGUCAGCAUCUUGUAUGCGGACAUCGUGGGCUUCACCCGGCUGGCCAGUGACUGCUCGCCCAAGGAGCUGGUGGUGGUGCUCAACGAGCUGUUUGGCAAGUUUGACCAGAUCGCCAAGGCCAACGAGUGCAUGCGGAUCAAGAUCCUGGGUGACUGCUAUUACUGUGUGUCAGGCCUGCCUGUGUCGCUGCCCACCCAUGCCCGCAACUGCGUGAAGAUGGGUCUGGACAUAUGUGAGGCCAUUAAGCAGGUUCGUGAGGCCACGGGAGUGGACAUCAGCAUGCGUGUGGGCAUUCACUCCGGGAAUGUGCUGUGCGGUGUCAUCGGGCUCCGCAAGUGGCAGUAUGAUGUGUGGUCCCAUGAUGUGUCCCUGGCCAACAGGAUGGAGGCAGCUGGAGUCCCCGGUCGGGUGCACAUCACGGAGGCGACACUGAACCACCUGGACAAGGCGUACGAGGUGGAGGAUGGACACGGGCAGCAGCGUGACCCCUAUCUGAAAGAGAUGAACAUCCGAACCUACCUGGUGAUCGACCCCCGGAGCCAGCAGCCGCCCCCACCCAGCCAUCACCUCUCCAAGCCCAAGGGGGAUGCGACGCUGAAGAUGAGGGCCUCAGUGCGUGUGACCCGCUACCUGGAGUCCUGGGGGGCAGCGCGGCCCUUCGCACACCUCAACCAUCGGGAGAGUGUGAGCAGCAGCGAGACCCCCAUCUCCAGUGGACGGAGGCCGAAGGCCAUUCCCCUGCGCCGACACCGUACCCCUGACAGAAGUGCAUCUCCCAAGGGGCGCUUGGAGGAUGACUGUGACGAUGAGAUGCUGUCAGCCAUCGAGGGGCUCAGCUCCACCAGGCCCUGCUGCUCCAAGUCCGAUGACUUCCACACCUUUGGUCCCAUCUUCCUGGAGAAGGGCUUUGAGCGUGAGUACCGCCUGGUGCCCAUUCCCCGGGCUCGCUAUGACUUCGCCUGUGCCAGCCUUGUCUUCGUCUGCAUCCUGCUUGUCCACCUUCUAGUGAUGCCCAGGAUGGCAACUCUGGGCAUGUCCUUUGGGCUGGUGGCCUGCCUUUUGGGGCUGGUUCUAAGCUUCUGCUUUGCUACUGAGUUCUCGAGGUGCUUUCCAGGCCGAGGCACACUCUGGGCCAUCUCGGAGAGUGUGGAGACGCAGCCCCUGCUCAGGCUGGCCCUGGUUGUUCUGACUGUUGGUAGCCUAUUGACUGUCGCCAUCAUCAACAUGCCACUGACACUUAAGCCAGACCUAGAGCAUCCUGGAGACAAUGAGACAAGUCCACUGGCUGCAAAGAACAGAGUUGGGACCCCGUGUGAGCUCCUUCCGUACUACACCUGCAGCUGCAUCCUGGGCUUCAUUGCGUGCUCUGUUUUCCUGCGGAUGAGCCUGGAACUGAAGGCCUUGCUGCUGACAGUGGCCUUGGUAGCCUACCUGCUGCUCUUCAACCUCUCCCCAUGCUGGCAUGUUCCAGGCAAUGGCACUGAGACCAACAGUACACACAGGACACUCCUGUCUGCUGCACAAAGCAUGCAAAGCCACGCCCUUGCUCUGGGGGCUCAGGUGAUGGGCCCCUCCCUCAGCAGAUGUUUAGAGCGAGACCUGAAGACCAUGAUCAACUUCUACCUCGUGCUGUUCUAUGCCACCCUCAUCUUGCUGUCUAGACAGAUUGACUACUACUGCCGCUUAGACUGCCUGUGGAAGAAGAAGUUUAAGAAGGAGCACGAGGAGUUUGAAACGAUGGAGAAUGUGAACCGCCUCCUCCUAGAAAAUGUGCUGCCAGCGCAUGUGGCUGCCCACUUCAUUGGUGACAAGGCAGCUGAGGACUGGUACCAUCAGUCUUAUGACUGUGUCUGUGUAAUGUUUGCAUCUGUUCCGGAUUUCAAAGUGUUCUACACUGAGUGCGAUGUCAACAAAGAGGGGUUGGAGUGCCUUCGCCUGUUGAAUGAGAUCAUUGCUGAUUUUGACGAGCUGCUGCUGAAGCCCAAGUUCAGCGGUGUGGAGAAGAUCAAGACCAUUGGCAGCACCUACAUGGCUGCCGCAGGGCUCAGUGUCCCCUCAGGACAUGAGAACCAGGACCUGGAGCGGCAGCACGUGCACAUUGGUGUCUUGGUGGAAUUCAGCAUGGCCCUGAUGAGCAAGCUGGAUGGAAUCAACAGGCACUCCUUCAAUUCCUUCCGCCUCCGAGUUGGCAUAAACCAUGGGCCUGUGAUUGCUGGAGUGAUUGGAGCUCGCAAGCCUCAGUAUGACAUCUGGGGAAACACAGUCAAUGUUGCCAGCCGCAUGGAAAGCACUGGAGAGCUUGGGAAAAUCCAGGUCACAGAAGAGACAUGCACCAUCCUCCAGGGACUAGGCUAUUCUUGUGAGUGCCGAGGGCUGAUCAAUGUUAAAGGCAAAGGGGAGCUGCGGACUUACUUUGUGUGUACAGACACUGCCAAGUUCCAAGGACUCGGGCUGAACUGAGGUGUCUGGUGGUCAGUCUCCUUCCCUGAGGGAGUCAAGAAUGCAGCCCCAUGAUAGCUGCAGAUGGCUGUGUGGCUUCUUUGGACUUGCACUACAGGAUGGCUCUGAACUGUGGGUCAGAUUCUGUUUGAAGCAGCUACUAAGUUGUACACAGAACCUCUUAAGCCUGUGCAGCUCUAAUUUAGCUAGAUAACUGGUCUACUUUAGGCUGUGUUCGCUCCCAGGGUGCUGGGGAAGAGAUCUUAGUCCAUGACCAAGACAGACAUACACUUUGGUGGCCAGUGAAUAGCGUAUACAGGGAGACAAACCCUCUCCUGGUUACAAGAGGCUCAGCCAGGCUGUCUAGUCCGGUUGAAGGCUCCCUUCCUCCCAUCAAUAACCAUCAUGGGAUGCUAAUCUCUCAUAGGCAUUCUGGCAAAUGGAGUUGAAAACAUUGGCAGGUAGUCUCAGUUGAGAAAAACUUCUAAUUGACACUUGUCACUUUUUACCAUCUCCAGCUUACGUUGGAAAUGGACAUGUCAUUAACGGGAAUUUUAUCUUUACUACUGAUUGUUAGAUGCCACACAAGAUCUCCUUUCCAGUAUGUUUUCUUUUCUUAACCACCUGACUACAUGUAAAUAGGACUGUUGUCCAAUGUCAGUUUAGAGUUCAGUUUUUAGCUUGGUUGCAGGCAAAGAGUUCUGAGAAAUGGGGCUCAUUGCAAGAUGCAAGAAGCAACAGAGCUUUGGAUCUGCAAUCAAGCACUUUUGGUGCAAGUCUUCUGGGACAAGGUUCAGGAAGAUCAAACUCUAGAAAUAAUGUAUAACAUGACAGUUCUUUUGUCUGCACUUUAUUUUUUUGGAGACAGAGUCAGCCUAGGUUGGUCUCAUUUUCAACCUUCCUGUUUCAGUCUCCUGGAGCUUCAAUUACUCAUGUACACUACUAUGUCCAGCUUUCUUUCCGUGGGAAAGCCUGUAUAGAGAAGGCUUGGAUAACCUGUGUACCCCUUGUCUUUCCUUCAAUCUUCUGAGCUGACUCUGCAUAGCUUCAAGUACAAUCUACCUGGCGGGAACACGUGUUAAGGACCUUGGCCUGUGAAUUGAGGCCCUUAACAAAUGCCAAGUUGUUCUCAGACAAGUCAAGGCAAAAGCCAGCUUUGUGAGAUGGUGUCUUCCUGUGCUCCAGACCAUUCAAAAUGAGAUGACCAAACAUCCCACUCCUUCUUGGAAAUGACUCCACUGCCACAGAACUUCACCAUAUCAUGGCUCUUAGCUAGCAGUCACCAAGGAACCUCCUGAAGAACAGAAAAUCAUGCAUAGAGGAAUCUGCAAAUGAUGUAAGGGCUGCAGCUAGGGUGCCCGACCAGGGUUUACCUGAGACUUUGGUCCAAGGAUGAGUAGCCAGGGGUGCAGAGGGAGGGAGACAGGACCUUCUGCCUGUACUGUGUCCUGUGGAGCUUUAUCAGCCCAGGGAAGAAGGGCUGAUUCAGUUUGCACAAAGGAAUCUGGUAGUGGCUAGGGCUUCCCAGCAAGGCUCUCCUGGGGAGUUAGGAAAGUUCCUGCUGACGCCACAAUGCAGUUCAGACGAAAGCAGGAAUGAACCUCCCCGAGGCUGACACAUUUCUACUCUUCCAACAGCCAAGUUUCUUUUUCCCGUCUAGCAACUUAGUUCAAGUUUACACUCAUACAUUUUUCUGUAUUUUCAAAUGAAGCACUGUGCUAGGACUAGUUUUAAGUUAUUGUUUAGGUCAUAAGAGUGUAACUGACAAAAAAAAAAAUCACUUGGGAGUUAUGUACACAUACUUCAUUUUUUUUUUUCCAAGUAAUUUCUUCACAGUUGUCUUAUCAUUGGAACUUUUUCCCCCCCAAACCCUUCUGUGGGUCUAGGAUUCAUUUCAGGAUUUCCACUAAGAUGGCCUUUGCUGGUUACAGAUAGUAACACCCAAGUCCUCUGGCUUACUUAAGGACACUUCCUGACAAAAAUUGAUUAUUGCUGUUUACUUUGUGGAUAACAGGUUACUAUGCUGAGCGGGUACAAGCAAAUACCUAAUGGUUUGUUCUUUGUGUACUAUUUACCAGUAACAUUUGUCUCUGUUUUGUUUCAUUUUCAUAAAUCAUCAGUGCCUGGGUCCUUUUUAUAUGUUCGACCAACAACUGAAAAACCUGAAUAUUCUAAAAUGUUUUGAAUUAAAGUAUUUCUAGGUCUUCAGGUGCUGACUCAUGCAAAGUAGAUCACUGGGUGGAGAACUGGUUACAUAUUUGAGACAAGGUCUCACAUAGCCCAGGCUGAAUCUUCCUGUCUCUACUCCUAGAGUGAUAGGAUUACAGACAUGUGCCACAAUAGCCAGUUGUGUGUGUGUUUGCGUAUGUGUGUGCAUGUUCUUGUGUGCUCAGGCUUGCAUGUGUAGAAGACGUUCUUGGGUGUCAGUCCUCAUCUUCUACCUUGAGACACUUUUCUGCUUCUGCUGGAUUCUCUGGUCUCCACCUCCUCUCUUCCUCUAGGAGUGUAGAGAUUAUAGACAUGUACUGCAUCCAGCCUUUCACUUGGGCUCUGGGGACCCAAACUCAGGCUAUCAGGCUUGCACAUGAACUUUAGUCACGGAGCCACCCUCUGCUGCAGCUCACCAUGAUCACAAAUGCUAGCCAAACACUCUACCAAUAGACCUAUACCUCUCAGCCCCUAAACUAUAUUCUCUAUUAAAAUCAGAAUCUAAAAAGACUUUAUAUAAACAUACUUAAGUUGACUUUUUUAUUCUUUUACAAUGAUGGUCUACAAAAAAGUCACUCUGUAAUUUCUGGAGAGAAACAACUUUCCUUUACAGUUCUGUUCCUGCUUAGUAUUAAAUUUCUUUUAAAGUUUUA